UACUCUACACAAUGGCUCGUUCCCGCAGAGAUAAAAAUGUGUCACUCACAAAAGUCAAGAAGAAGACUAAGGACACAAAGAACAAUUUGGUUAAUGAGGUCCGUGCAAGUGUCGAUCAGUACAAAAACCUUUUCAUUUUCACGAUUGCUAACAUGAGAAGCACACGAUUCAUUGCCAUCAGACAAAAGUACAAGGAGAAUUCAAGAUUUUUCUUCGGAAAGAACAAUGUCAUUUCUAUCGCUCUUGGAAAACAGAAGUCUGAUGAGUACGCAAAUCAGCUUCACAAAGCCAGUGCAAUUCUGAAGGGUCAAUGCGGUCUCAUGUUCACCAACAUGUCCAAAAAGGAAGUUGAGGCUGAAUUCUCCGAAGCUUCAGAAGAAGAUUACGCUCGUGUAGGAGAUGUUGCCACAGAGACAGUUGUUCUACCAGAAGGACCAAUUUCACAAUUUGCCUUCUCUAUGGAGCCACAACUGCGAAAACUUGGUCUCCCAACGAAACUUGACAAAGGAGUUAUCACCCUCUACCAACAGUUUGAGGUGUGCAAAGAAGGCGAACCGCUGACUGUGGAGCAGGCUAAAAUCUUGAAGCACUUCGAAGUGAAGAUGUCUCAAUUCCGUCUUAUCUUCAAAGCUCACUGGAACAAGAAAGACGGCUUCAAAGAGCUUGAUGCUUAACUUCUGCUAAUCAUCCUUUUAUUGUUAAUUUGUUGAUUUGAUUCUGAUUCUCCUUGAUUUGAAAACACCCACUCCAUCCGAAAAUUGUCGUUUAUCAUCUUGUUUUUUUGUUUAUCCAAUAAAUUGUUACUUGUUUC